AUGGUGAGUCAAUUUAUGCAUUCUCCUGGGCAAGAACACUUUGAUCCAGUAUACAGAGUUUUGAGGUACUUAAAGGGUUCUCCGGGUAGAGGACUACUCUUCAAGAAACGAGAACAUUUACAGGUAGAAACUUACACAGAUGCUGAUUGGGCAGGAAGUACAAUAGAUAGACGAUCUACAUCAGGCUAUUGCACUUUUGUCGGAGGUAAUCUUGUUACUUGGCGCAGCAAGAAACAAAAUGUAGUAGCAAGGAGUAGUGCAGAAGCUGAGUUUAGAGCACUCGCCCAUGGAAUUUGUGAAGUUAUGUGGAUAAGAAGACUUCUUGAUGAUUUGAAGGUCACAGUAUCUUCUCCUAAGAGUCUACUGCGACAAUAA